AUGGCGUCUGUCUGCCGGACAAAAGGCGAAUCUGUCUGACGGCGGAUUGAAACCCAAUUAGAAGCAGGGGGGAGACAUUUUGGGAAAACUGUGACAGUCCCCGAGUCUCUGCGCUCCGAGGCGGCAGAUAUAUGCUCAAACUAACAUCUGUGGAGGCUCUCGGACUGGAAUAAGGAUGUUCCAGCAGAGUGAGGAGCCUCGCUUCACCAUCGAACAGAUCGAUCUCCUCCAGAGGCUCCGACGGACCGGCAUUACUCAGGUGGAGGUCCUCCACGCCCUGGACACGCUCGAUCACCUGGACCAACAGAAUGGCCACAAGCAGGCCCGCAAAGCUUCCUACCUGCCGCCCUCGUCUUCCUUGUCUUCCUCCAACUCCGUCUCUGCCUCUUCGUCCACCACUUGCGCCUCCACUCAGACGGUUUUUCCGGACAACCGACUCUCCCUGUCACCUGGCAACAACUUGGACACCUCCUCCCCGCCUCUGCCGGUCCCGACAGCCUCGCCGGUUGUUGUCCAGAAUGGACUUGGCGCCGUCGCCAACGGGAAGCUUUCUCCGCCGCGGUUUCCUCUGGUCGGAGGCAGCGUGACUGCACCGGCCUUUGGGUUUGAGGCCAGUGAGGAAGACUUGGAUCUGGAUGAUAAAGUGGAGUUCUUGAUGAGGAGGGACAGCAGUGUGAUCAAAGAGGAGAUCAAGUCCUUCCUGGCGAACAGACGGAUCUCCCAGGCCGUGGUUGCUCAGGUAACAGGGAUCAGUCAGAGUCGGAUCUCCCACUGGCUCCUCCAGCAGGGGUCGGACCUCAGCGAGCAGAAGAAACGGGCCUUCUUUCGCUGGUAUCAGCUGGAGAAGACGAACCCCGGCGCCACUCUGGCCAUGCGGGCGGCCCCGCUGGCUCUGGAGGAUAUGAUGGACUGGCACCAGACCCCCCCACCGUUCGCCUCGGCCCCUGGGGGCUUCCGGCUGAGACGGGGCAGCAGAUUCACCUGGAGGAAGGAGUGUCUGGCUGUCAUGGAGAGCUACUUCAGUGAUAACCAGUAUCCCGACGAAGCAAAGAGGGAGGAGAUUGCCACUGCCUGCAAUGCUGUCAUUCAAAAACCAGGAAAGAAGCUGUCUGAUUUGGAGAGAGUUACGUCUCUCAAGGUCUACAACUGGUUCGCCAACCGCCGUAAAGACAUCAAGAGGCGUGCCAACAUAGAAGCAGCCAUCUUAGAGAGCCAUGGCAUCGAGGUCGAAAGUCCAGGAGGCCAGUCCAACGGUGACGAGGUGGACGGCAACGACUUCCCUGACCAGGGUUGCGACGUGUCCCUGUUUGACAAGAGAGCUUCGGCCAGGCAGUUUGGCUUUAGUCGAGCUGACCUGUCCUCUCCCACCCAGGUUCCGCCGCAGCUGCCCAGCUGGUUCUCCGCCCUGGCCAGGGGAGGCCAGCGGGGCGCCUCGCUGAUCGGUCGCUCCCUCCUGUCGGGGGCGGGCUCUCAGGCAGAAGGAUCCAGAAUGACGGGCGCGUCCUGGUCCCCCCCGUCCCCGUCCCUCCAGGACGACCCCGGCCUCCACGUCGUGCUCUCCGAACCGCAGGACCCGGCGACGUCGGAGAAGACGGCGGCCGGCCGCGGCAGCCCGGCCUCAGCCAAUCAGGCGGACGCGGGGAAUCAGAUCAAGACGGAAAGCGUGGAUGACGACUGACGGAGGGGGAAACCCGUCACACGCUGGAGCCGUCAGAACAGGUGUCCAUUAUAUGCAAGCAGAUUUUAUAGGAAUGUUAUAAGUGAACAAAAAGACCAAACGUUGUGUAAAACUCCAACCCUGAGAUACCUCCCAACCCUACCUCCAACCACCAACCUACUCUUCUACACUCGUAUAGCUGUUAAUAGUGUAAUAUGAUGAUAACGACGAACCUUUAUACUUUAGCCGUCUCUGGCCAUCCGCGGGAGAUUCAAACGUGCGUCUCAGAUCAGAUCCUGCAAAGAAAAGUCGGUUUCUCCGACGCUUCCAGGGAAAGGGCCCGAAUGGUCCCGGGCGAUUUCUUUGCUGGGUUGUUUUCGAUUGGGGAUCGGUUUAAAUCUUCCCCGGAUGGCCGUCCAGCGGGACACGAAGCCUCGCGUCCGCAGAGAAGACUGCAUCACUCACAGCAGGGCUACGCUGUAUUUGGCUUGGGAAUCAAACGCUUUCAGGGGUCUUGCACUGUGAUUUCAACUGAACAGCCUCAGUGUAUAGGAAUAUAAAAAUGAGCUUCAUGGUUUUCUUUUUUUUUUCCUUUUCUUAUUUUUACUGAAUCUUUUAUUUUGAUCGUCGUCACAUUUCACGCCAGAUUUCUGGCAGAUGAAUCCUUGUAGGCACAGAACAAGCUUGAGGUCGCAGCAGUUUUUAUGAUAAUGAAAAGUAAUUAUCUUCAGAGAGGCAGAAGCAGAAUAAUCCCCCCCAACCCCGCAGAUUAAGCUUAGUAUAUAAUAACUAAAAUGGCUAUAAAAUAUAGACACAUUUAAGGAGUGUCUUGGUUGACAUGUCUUUGCAAUAUAUUCACAACCCUUGAAGCUUUUCCCGUUUAGUCAGAUUACAACCACUAUAUUUAAUGUUGUUUUAUUGGGGUGUUAAUGCACCGAUUUACAAAUUUGUGCCAAUAUUGAUGUCUGAUAUAUUAAUAAUGCUGCUAUGGCCGAUAAA